AUGGUUACCACCAAAUUUUCUGUAGCAGAGAUCACCAAUGCCUGCUUUGAGCCAACCAACCAGACGGUGAAAUGUGAGCCUUGCCAUGGGAAAUACAUGACUUGCUGCCUGUUGUACCAUGGGGAUAUGGUACCCAAAGAUGUCAAUGCUGCCAUUACCACUAUCAAGACCAAGUGUACCAUACAGUUUGUGGACUGGUGCCCCACUGUCAUUAAUAAUUAAUUAAUUAGCAUUAAUUACCAGCCUCCCACUGUGGUACCAGGUGGAAACCUGGCCAAGGUCCAGAGAACUGUGUGUAUACUGAGCAACACCACAGCCAUCGCUGAGGCCUGGGCUCACCUAGAUCACAAGUUUGAUCUGACGUAUGGCAAGCAUGCCUUUGUGCACUGGUAUGUGGGUGAGUAUCACCACAAGGGGGAGUUCUCUGAGGCCCAUGAGGACAUGGUGUCCCUAGAGAAAGAUUAUGAGGAAGUUGGUGUGGAUUCUAUUGAAGGAGAGGGUGAGGAAGAAGAAUACUAA